AUGACUGACUCCCCGCAGAGAAAGGAAAUUGAGGCAUUCUUCAACUUCUUCGCGACAUUCACUCUCGCGCGACCAGUGACAGUUGUAUCUGACCUUAGCGACGGUGCAGCUCUUUUUGAGGUGCUUUCUUUGGUCGAUGGCGCCUACUUUCGACAAUCCACACGGCCCUCUGCUCAGCCAUCGGACAACUGGGUCCUGCGAUUCAGUUCUCUCAAGCGACUCUACCGUCUUAUGACACAGUAUUUCGCUGAUGUACUGCGGAAGCCCACCAGCAGUCUAGAUGUACCUGACCUGCAAGCCAUUGCCAAAGACCAUAACCUCCCCGCAGUCCUCACGUUGUGCCGUCUAACAUUGGUUAUCGGUGUACAAUGCGAAAAGAACAAAGAGUUCAUUGAUAAAAUACAGGGACUGAGUGAGGCAGAUCAGCACCAUCUUAUGAAGGCUAUCGAGCAGGUUAUGGCAAAGAUAGCAUCUGCUCCCAAUAAUGAUAUCGGAGAGGCUAAUAUGACGGAAGAUGAUCACUACUACAGAAUACAGUCUGAACGGAGUCAGAUUUUCUCAGAGAAGGAAACUCUGGAAAAAGUCUAUCAGACCCUUUUGGAGGAUCAUCGCGCUCUGCAAACCAACUUCGACGACAUGAUAUCAGAAAAAGAGGACGCACAGGCUCAACUUAGACAAGUCCGUCGCGAAAUUGAUGGACGGAGGAACGAAAAGUCAGAUGCGUUAAUGCGGGCCGAAAUUGAUCGCUUGAGGGCAGAACUCCAGAAGAGCGAAGAUAACCUUGCAAUGGCGGAGUCAGAGUUGGAUAAGAAUACCAGCCUGGUGACCGAUCUCACACGAAAAAUGGAUGAGUUGCAAAUCAAGGCGGAUGAGGCCGUGAAAUUGAAAGACCGAGUGGAUGAAUACCGACAUGCUGCAGACAAACUACAGAAGACGGAGAACGUCAUGGAAAAAUACAAGAAAAAGCUUCAGGAGGGUGCAGAUCUGCGUCUCAAUGUGAAGGCACUAGAGAGACAAAACGCAGAUCUCGUGGAUAAAAAUGCGUCGCUUGAAGAAGAAUAUCGCAAAGUGGCCGCGUUUAAGCCUCUUAUGGAAUCUUACAAGAAUCAGAUUGCUGAUCUCGAAACCAAGACCUCUUCGCGGACGCAAGAAAUCGAGAGCCUCAAAUUUGAGCUUGAGCAAAGUCGAACAAAGCUCAAGAUUACUCUGGAGGAGCGCUCGAAGGACGCUGAAGCCCUAGAACUAUAUCAGGAACGCGUAGGAGAGCUGGAGUUGAUUGCUAACAGUCGCCCCAUCGGGUCGAAGGCCACAUAUUCAACUAAGCAACCUGAUGAGUUUACGGAAGUGGAACUUCUGACGGUCACGGAUGAUGUGAGUGUGGAUGUAGCUGACGACCAUGCCGAACAAGGUCUAGGUGGGGAGCUCGAUGAUGCGAUUGCGGGCACCACUAUGACAGAUCUGAAGUUGCAAAUCCGGAAGCUAAAUCGGGAGUUAGAAGCUGUCCGCAAAAACGAAGUGGAUGCGAGUCGCGUUUUGGUUCUGGAGAAUUUGUUGGAGGACGCGAAUAGGAUGAAAGCAAGAUACGAAAGUGACUAUCUUACUGCUCACCGCGAAAAGCUAGUCCUUCAGAGAGAUCUGGAGGAAAUUAGAAGUGGAAAGUCGAUGGGUGACGGAGCUGAAGCUGCCAUUGCCCUGCGUCAACGUCUAAACGAAACCGUGGAACAAUUUGAAACGUUACGGAAGGAGCACACGGAGCUCGAGGUCAAAUACGAUACAGUGAACAGAGAACUCACUAUUGCCAAAUCUGAUUUGACACUUGUGAACAAAGAUCAAUUAGAUAUUCUCGCUACCCUGCGUGAGUCUGUCAACGAAGAUAAGGCGGGUCUAGAGGCGGACGUUGAACGCCUGAAAAGGCUCAACAAAGAACUGAAUGAUAAGACUCGAAUGCAAUUGGAACAGGUCAAUGCAUUGCUAUUGGAAAAGAUGAGUUUGCAGAGCGAAGGCAUUGGACACCGAGAGAAAAUGCUACAGAGGGAGAGAGAUUUUGGGCAUGUGUUUGACCAACUUUCAAAAACCUGGCAUCUGACGUCACCUAGUGAUCUCCGUGUGUCGAUUUCGGGCAAGGAUUUACCUGAGGAUGUCAAAUCACGGCUACUCGCGAUGCACGAGGAAAAUGUAGCUUUGAAGGAAUCAACCAAGACGUUGCAAGAAAAAUUGAACAAGGCGAAGCAGUUCAUCAAGUCUCAGGACAAAUUGUUUAAAGAACAACAUGCAGCAAAUACAGCCUCUGCACCUCAGGGGACGUUUGAAGAGGCAGAAGUGAGCUUCCGUUCCCAGAUCAAAGUGCUGGAGGAGGAAUUGGCUCGACAAAAAGGUUUAACGAAAGAAUCGAGGGCACGGUAUCGACGGGAGCAAGAACUGAUGCUUAGCGCGAUUCAUAGUAUGGGAAUGAAGACUGCACGACAGCAUCUAGGUGCCCCUCAGCAAAUAGACAAGACGAGUUUCCUCCCGAUCAACCGAAUUCAAAGAAGUCAUACCUUGAGCAGACAGUAA